AUGAUCGCACCGCACGCUUUUCUUGCGUUUGUCAUUGCUACUGUUGUUCAAUGUAAAACCAUUGAUGAAAUCAAUGAUCAAGUUAAGAAUUAUCUUCGUCAGCACUCUGUCCCCACUUAUAGCAACAAUGAGAAUUAUUUAAAGAAUAGUGAUGCAAUCGGACGAGGUUAUAAUUUAGUCAAUGGAAAUUCUGUUUGUUAUACUGGUGCAUGUCAUCAACCUGUUGAAGGAUUUGGUCAAACAAUUUUUCAAUUGAACUAUAUUCAAAUACCACAAAAAUAUGUUUCAUGUAAAAACAUGAACAACACAAGAUUAUUGAUACCACAACAUGUUAAAGUUGAUUGCCUUCCUUCGUCUCAGGUGGUUUCAAAAAUUAAAACACAAACUAUUAGUACAUUGAAUGAACUAAAUGGAAGUAUUUAUGAUGCAAUUAAAAUCGACGGUGAAUUUAAAAAUGUAUCAUUGUUCUUUCCAUAUACAAACUCAUCACAAACAAAAUUUAUCAUAGAUAAUCUUAUUAAAUAUGAUAGUGAAAUAUUACAUACAGCAAUCAAAGUAACGCUAUUUAAAUUGUCGAUUUCUAAUACUAGCUCUGCCCUAAUGAAUGUAUCCGAUCAAUUCCAGUAUGUUAUUCAGAAUUUACCCUGUUGUAGUUAUAGUGAGCAGCAAGUUGAAACCUAUAUUAAUGAUUAUAUAUUUAAUACAUUUGGUUCUGCUUAUGCUAGCAGUAUAGUAGUUGGUGGAUCGGCACAACAGAAUUUAAUCAUAGCAAAAUCCAAAUUGUCGAUGAUUGAAGAGGAAUAUUUUGAUAAAAUAACUGAAGCCCAAACUGAAUUUUUGCUUUCAUUACAAGCACGAGAAGUUGAACGUUAUGAUACAAUUAAACAUGAUGAAUUUCUAAAAUUAGUAAAGAAAACAUCAGCCACAACACUUGGUGGUAGUACAGUAAUGCAGCCGUUGGAAGAUUGGAUAACUACAGUUUCCAGUAGUCCCGUUGUCAUUGAGCUUGGUGUGAAUUAUAUUUUUGACUUAAUCAAUGUUAAAUAUUUUCCUAAUGACGAGAAUAUUGAACUUAAAUUAUUUUUAAUUAAAAAAGCAUUCAAGAAGUACACUGAGAAUCAAAUGCUCUAUUGUUAUAAUAAUUGUUCAGGACACGGUCAGUGUGAAUCAUCAGGUUAUUUUCAGUUUGGUUUGUGUAAAAAUUGUACCACUAACUUUGGAGGCCUCGACUGUUCUCUGGAAAUUACUACAACACCAAAACCAAAAGACUAUGUUUCAGAAGGAACUGUAUGUGGUUACCAUAAUGUUAUUGGAUGUGACGGUCAGUCAACUUGUCCACAAGGAUAUAAUACGCACCCGUUCUUCUGCGCGAAAUCAGUUACUGACAGAGAAAUGAGUAAAGUUGGUACAAUAUGUGGUAUCAGUUAUAGUUAUCCAUCCUUUCUUGUUACGUGCAAUGGGCACAAUCCAGAGAACAGUUGUCCAACAGGUUAUCAACGUGCUGAUGUAAGCAACGCUGACACUGCAGGAUAUAUUAAAGCAUUGUGUUACAAAACCGAUCCAAAUAUCAAUGAUUUACCUGGAACACUUUGUGGCUGGAGCUUUGUAUGUAAUGGUGUACAGUAUUGUGGAGGAGAGAGAGGAAAAUACGAAGUAAAUAGUGCAUGCGAAUAUCUUUAUCCCGGCAAUGGUGCAUGUCCUUCUGGCUAUUCUAUAGUCGUUAGUGGCCGUCAGCAGGAAAUGAUGGUUAAACUCUGUUACAAGAAUUGA